UAUUACAAACGGUGGUGCAAUGUGUUUUCCAACUAACACAUAUACACACGUUUUGACGGAAUACCACCAGUCGGAUUUUGCUCGCUGUCUUAAACAGAACUAUAUACGUACAGUUUCAAACAUUGAAUAUCUUUGUGACGAUGGAUCCCAUGGAUGAUAUCGACACAGAACUUAAUUAUAUUGAAGAGCCUGAAGAUGAAACCACGCCCCCUAAGAAAGCUGGCCAUGUCUCCGGGGGCAACAUGAAAGGGGAAUAUGUUUCUAUACAUAGCUCGGGAUUCAGGGACUUCCUUCUCAAGCCGGAACUUCUGCGGUCCAUCGCCGACUGUGGAUUUGAACAUCCAUCACAAGUUCAACACGAGUGCAUCCCGCAAGCAGUGUUGUCGAUGGACGUGUUGUGUCAAGCCAAGUCUGGUAUGGGGAAGACUGCUGUGUUUGUUCUGGCCACACUUCAACAGUUGGACCCUGUGGACGGACAGGUUUCUGUCAUAGUGUUGACACACACCCGGGAACUUGCCUUCCAAAUUGCAGACGACUACCGGAAGCUAUCUCGUCAUAUGAACAGUGUCAAGGUCGCUGUGUUUUUCGGAGGAAUCACUAUCAAACAAGACGAAGAGACGAUGUCAAAGAACUGUCCCCACAUUGUCAUAGGAACUCCCGGCCGCAUCUUAGCACUGGCUCGGAAAGGGACACUCAAACUGGGAAACAUCCGCCAUUUUAUCCUGGACGAGUGUGACAAGAUGCUUGAAAUACUAGACAUGAGGAAAGAUGUUCAAGAUAUAUUCAGAAUGACGCCACACGAGAAACAAGUCAUGAUGUUCAGCGCCACCCUUGGGAAGGAAUCUCGUCUUGUCUGCAGGAGGUUUAUGCAGGAUCCAUUGGAGGUCUUUGUAGACAACUGCUCCAAGUUGACCCUGCACGGCCUUCGACAGUUUUAUGUCCAGGUCACAGAGAAGGAGAAGAACAGAAAACUCGUGACACUUCUCGAUGCCCUGGAAUUCAACCAGGUGAUCAUAUUUGUGAAGUCCGUCCAGAGGUGUGUGGCUCUAGCCAAGUUGCUGUUGGACCAGAACUUCCCAGCCAUUACCAUCCACAGUGCCAUGAAGCAAGAGGAAAGGCUAUCUCGAUACAAACAAUUUAAGGAAUUCGAGAAGCGACUCUUGGUGUCCACGAAUCUUUUUGGCCGAGGGAUGGACGUUGUCGGAGUCAACAUUGUCUUCAAUUACGACAUGGCAGAGGACUCGGACACCUUUCUCCAUAGGGUUGCUAGAGCUGGGAGAUUCGGCACGAAGGGCAUGGCCAUCACCUUCAUCGCCAACGAGAUGGAGGCCACAAUAAUGAAUAAGGUACAGGAACGAUUCCAGGUCAAUGUUCCUGUUUUACCUGAUGAAAUCGACACAUCCUCUUACCUUCCAGGGAAAUGAGGACUUGCUGAUGAAAAAGACAGUUGUGGCUGAAAUACAAAGAUCAAUAGAUCAAAUAAGGAUGUGUCGAACAUAAUUCCAUAUACAAUGUGAAUAAAUAUCUGUGAUAUAUUAGUACAACUUUUUUUCAAACAAGACAAUAAAUCUUGGAAAUAUUGUGUAUUAGAUCUGAUGUGCGCAUGCGCGUGUGUGGAGUGUGUUUCAAAGACGAGACGAAUCAUUUGGAAGAGUCGAACAUUAUCUAUUUUGUAGUAUUAGUUUAGAUAAAUUGUUUUUAACAAAGUGGGUUCUCCAGAAUUUUCAGCAAUAUUCACUUUUUUUUAUUGUAAACUUACCGUGGAGUGAAUUCUUUGUUUGGAUGUGUGCAAUUGUUUUAUUAAAUGUAACAACAGACUUUGAUGUAACAUAUAUAUAUUGUAUUAUUGUAGAAAUGUGCAUGUUUUCAUUGUCAUUAGUCUUCUAUAUGUAAAUGUUAUAACUUGUGCCUAAUCCUUUGUUGUAAGUUUGACAAUAAAUAUAUUUAUAUCAAAUCAAAUCAAAUCAAGGAAGAUUUUAAUCCUUUAUGAAUACUACCGGCGAAAUCAAAU